AUAAAACAACUUCUUAACCAAGAGACGAAAAACAUUCAUAACUUCUUUUUAAAACAAAGAGAUUCUCCUCCACUUUAAGGAGGACUCGGGCGAUACAUUUAGAACUAGAAGGGUGGCUUUUUACUUCUAAUUAGGUCCCAUUCGAAUUUGUUGACACUAUUAACUCAAUUUACAAAUUAUAUAUGUUUUAAGGUUUUAUGAAGAAAAACAAAAAGAAAGAAAGCUAAAACACUGCAAUUGUAAAGUGAAUCGUGGAUUUUGGUAUCAAAGCCCUUCAUCAAAGCUCAACAGAAAUCCAAAGGCCCAAACUAAAAGCCUUCGUCUUAGCUUGUUCCUUGUUGUUCUUUCCUUCAAAAACAGAGCCACCUCAACCCAACAGCAUUCGUUCCUUUUUGGCUCCUAACAACUCUGCCAUCGUAAAUUCAGCUCAGUUUUACAAAAUGAGUUGAAGAAUACUCGGUGUUGGAGAUGGCGAGGAGAUCUCCAAACUUGUUCCUAAGAAAGCACAGAAGAUGGCCGAUUUCCACUUACAAAACCAAAUGGCACCAAACUUUCACCCAAAAACAAGCCAUGAAAUCCUUCAGACAACUCGUAGCAGUAGCAGUAGCCCAACAUAACCCUCUUCAACCAAACCUUCUCUUCUCUCUUAUACGCUCUUUUAGCAUCUACAACGUUCACCCUACCCCUCAAGCCUUUCAUUUUCUCAUCAAAAUCUUGCUCCAAAAUCGCCACUUCAGCCACAUUCCUUCUGUGCUCCAUCACCUGGAACACAUCGAAAAGUUUCAAACACCCGAGUACAUUUUCGCCGACCUCAUCAAAACCUGUGGCAUUGCUAACAGAAUUGAAGAUGCAGUUAAUAUUUUCUACAGAAUACCCAAGUUCAGGGGCGUCCCUUCUGCCUACUCUCUCAAUUCUUUACUCGUACUUCUUUGUAGAAAUCAAUACGGCCUUAAGUUGGUUCCUCAGGUUCUGUUAAAGAGUCUGGUUAUGAACAUAAGAGUCGAAGAAUCAACUUUCCGUAUAUUAGUUAGCGCUCUUUGUAGAAUGAACAAGGUUGCUUAUGCUAUUGAGAUUCUACAAUGUAUGAUAGACGAUGGCCUUGGUGUUAAUGAUAAAGUUUGCUCCCUUACACUAUCAUCAAUUUGUGCUGAGGUGGAUUUGGAUGGCCAAGAUGUUAUCGGGUUUUGGUGGGAAUUAAAAAAGCUUGGGUUUUGUCCUGCAAUGGGUGACUAUAAUAGCGUGAUUAGGUUUCUGGUGAAAAAAGAGAGAGGAUUGGAUGCUCGGGAUGUUCUAAAUCAAAUGAAAUCCGAUGGAAUAAAACCGGGUAUUGUUUCUUACACCAUGGUCUUAAAUGGGGUAAUUGCAGAAGGGGAUUACAUGUUGGCAGAUGAACUGUUUGAUGAAUUGCUUAGGUUGGGUUUGGUUCCGGAUGUUUAUACUUACAAUGCCUAUAUAAACGCUUUAUGCAAGCAAAACAAAGUUGAAGAGGGAAUCAAGAUGGUAGCCUGUAUGGAGGAGUUGCGGUGCACACCUAAUGUGCUCACAUAUAAUACCUUAUUGGAGGCGAUUUGUAAGGUUGGUGAGGUAAGUAGAGCAAUGGAGCUUGUUAAAGAGAUGAAAUAUAAGGGCAUUGAAAUGAAUUUGGUUUCAUAUACGGUAAUAAUUGAUGGUUUGAUAAGUAAAGGUGACAUUCUUGAAGCAUGUGAUUUGGUGGAGGAAGUGUUGUGUAAGUGCUUUUGCCAUCAGAGUUUUACAUUUGAUGAGGUAAUCUGUGGUCUGUGCCAAAGAGGGUUAGUUUGCGAGGCACUGGAAUUGCUCAGGAAAAUGAUUGACAGGAAUGUUUCUCCUGGGGCUAGGGUUUGGGAAGCACUACUCAUUAGCUCUGAACCUAUACUCAAAUUUUCCAAGACCAAUUUGAUUGAUUUGGUAAAUCCACUUUGAAUAAUCUUGCAAGUAACGAGAGAGGUCUACCAACCUUAUAUAUCCCAUAUGGGAUUGAGAAGCUGCAAAAUGAAACUUUGGUGCAUUUUUUUUAGCUCUGAUCAUUAAUUGUCCCAUAUAGCACGACUGAAGUUUCUUGUUUCAAGUAACUAGUCAAGAGUCAUAGAAUUGUUGCUACUGUAAUACAAAGUUUUGGUCAAAAAAUGUGCCGAAUGAAUGACUUCCUAGAACUAGAAGGGGGGCCUUCUGCACCGUCCCCUGUGAUGGAAGAGGGUAUCUCGCCUGGUAUAAUUUCAAAUUCUGUGCCUGCUGUUACUGGUCUUAUCUAUUUAUGUAGAAACAUGGUAUACAGAACAUACAGCUCUGGACAUAGGAUUCUGCAUUGUUCGUUUGUUGUGCACAUGGAACAUUUUCCUUUCUAUUUUCUUCUUCUCUAAACCUACACACCUGACUUACAGAUGCAGAGCUAUUUGCGGAUAAAAGACUCUGAGUGGUUUACUAAUUCACCCACGUUUCAACUAGAGCGAGGGAACUUACAGAUCAUUCCAAAAGUUAUUCACCUUUGCAUCUCAUCUCCAGUUAUUCAUCUCGAAGUGGGUAGAAAGAUGGACAAUCAGAGGUGUUAGUGGGGAUGAGAUGUUAAAGUUUUGAAGGUGCUUGCAUCGUAUUCUUUAAACUUUGUUGCGAACAGAACCCCUCCGAAUGGUGGAAAAAAGGAAUCAUCUCAGCCUCUAAAUAGAACAAAGUUGAAGAACUAAAUAAAAGCAUAUACUUCAGGAAUUUUCUUUCAGUAUGCAGAAGCCGGUGCAACAGGCCUCUUUAAUAGUUCCAUCCAACCAACACUUUCAUUUGUUUUUGGGAGUAAAAGAAAGAUCCAACCAACAUAUCGACUGGGAAAAAUUAAGUAAAGAGAAAAAGAGAGAGUAGACUAGAGGGAAGCUGUUGGGACUUGAGACUUGAAGGUGCUUGUUGCCUCUCUGUCAGCAAAGAGUAACAUGCAAGAAGGUGACAAACCGUAGGUCUUACAAAGUGUCAGUCUGGUCCGGAGUUGCAGCCAAACUGGGUUAUCAUUUUUUAAUCAGCAGUAGGUUCAUUCCGUUUCGUUUUAAAUGAGAGGAAAGCUGCCAAAUAAAAAAAAAGUGCAACUAGAUAAUGUGGACACCAUCAUUAUAUUAUCAGUUUAUCACCUUGCUCAACCAAAAGAAUCGCCCCCUCCCAAAUAACCCAACUAAUCAACCUCAUAAUCCUUAUCCCUCAAAAUUGGGCUUUCAAGCUGUUGGUUAUUAUUAUUAUUAUUAUUAUUCGGCCGGGUAAAUGAGGAAUCAGGCUUGGAUUGGAUUUAAGCGCAAGGUGUAGCCUUAUGGGUUUUCGUUGUCACUCCAACGUGUAUGUAGGGGAUGGGGAAAGGGAAAGGGAAAGGGAAAGGCGAAGAGCGAAGAGCCAAAGAAGGGAAUAGACAUAUGGUUGUUAUCUUGUACUGUCUCCUGGGUGGUGGUACCAUUUUUACCAAUUUGUCUAUUCAUGAUAAUAAACCCACCACUUUUCUCGAAAAAUAAUGUCUCUUUGCUCCAUAUAUCUCUCUAUCUUUCUUCUUUUACUGGCAAAUUAUGGAAUGAGAAUCAAUUAUCUGGCACAGGCAGCAGCAGAAAAAAAAAAAAAAAACCUAUUAUCAUGUUAAUCUUCUAAGAGAUUUUUUGUUUUAUUGCUAAGCAAUGCUUUUUGUAUCAUUUGUUUCAACCGGUUUCAGUAUUGGAGGAGGGCAAAGUGGAAAACUACGUACUGUUACCCUUAU